AUGACAUCAACACCACCGCCUCACUUCAACUAUGCGAUCCCGCCUGUACCACGCCUGCCUUCACCUUCGUCCUCACGUCAUCCACGCGCGUCAAUCAACUCCUCCUUCUCGUUCGGCCCGGAAUCUCUAGUGAACUCCUUCAUCGACUCAAACAUAUCGGGCGCACAUCCAAAUCCAUUCAGUCUUGAUCCCAACCGGUCGAUACUACCCUCGUCACCUCUUCGGUCUUCACCCCGACGCCCCCCGAGAACGAGAGAACGGCACCCUCUAGCGACAGAGCAUACCGAUGUCUUCCAAGACACACCUGGAGGCGAUGAAGAGGAAUAUGAGUGGAAAAUGGUGGAUAGGAUGAGGCUGUGGAGGCAUGAUGCACUGAUGCAACAUCUAUACGAUACGGCUGCUUUUUGGGGAGAUAAGAUCAUGUCCUGGACGAAUGACCCGAACGACGCAUUUUGGCUCGCUCAAACUUACUUCUUGACACACCAGUACUCUCGAGCAGAGCGUUUACUCACAAGACCAUUUCCUCUGAAACCGCCCUCAGAGCCCCGGGUUCACCCAUCGUCAAAUGGUUAUACGUCCAGUUCUCCGACUGAGACUCGAACAGGCAUCCCAUUUCCCGAUCUGAAAGGCAAGGGACGGGCCUCGGAGCCAAGGCUACCUGUGGGCCCGACCGCCAUGAUUGAGGUAGCGGCAGACAAUCAAGAUGAUGUGUCCCGCCUGGUCGAUAUGAGCGUCGUGUGCCGCUAUCUAGCCGCACAGUGUCUUGUCAGGCAGGGCAAAUGGGCGGAAGCGACGGAGAUGCUGGGAGAGGCGAAUCCGUUCAGGAACUCUGGCAGAAGCGGACCGGACGUGCCCAAUACGGACGGUGGUAUCAAGGUCGAGGCCUCGAUGUGUAACUUACGGGGGAUCCUGAUGCUCAAACUUAACCGCGGCGACCAAGCUAAGGCCUGCUUCAUGGAAGCGCUAGCGCUGGACGUGAAAUGCUACGACGCCUUCAACCAACUCAUCAGUGGUGAGAUGAUGACGGUGGAAGAGGAAUGGGAGUUCGUCCAGGCAUUGGCUUACAAAGAGCAAACGCCAGAAGACGCGGAAUUCGUACGACUCAUCUAUACUGCUCGACUGCGCAAGUACACACAUGCGGAGGAGCACGCUCUCGCACGAAGGAAACUGGCGGACGAAUACGGGCUAUCAGAUAACCCCGAUGUCUUGUUCAGCUUUGCCGACGCCUUAUACUCUCAGUUCCGUUGGGCGGACUGCUUUGCUGUAACUUCGCGGAUUUUGGGGCUCGUCGCGGUACACGCUCCCACCAUGCCUUUACACAUAGCCUGCAUGCAUCACCUCAAGCAUCUCCACUCGAGACUAUUCAUCCUCGCGCAUGAGCUCGUGGAGCGUGAGCCCGAGUCACCGAUGAGCUGGUAUGCUGUUGGUGUUUGGUACCUCACGCAGCACAAGUGGGCAGAUGCACGGACGUACUUCAGUAAGACCUCUCUCAUGGACCCAAGGUUUGGACCGGCGUGGAUCGCAUUUGCCCACACGUUUGCCUUGGAGGGCGAACAUGACCACGCCAUCACGGCUUACUCGACCUGCGCGAGGAUGUUCACAGGGUCACAUCUCCCGUUGAUGUUCGUGGGCAUGGAGCAUCUGAUUCUCUCGAACGAGACGCCUGCGAUCGAAGCCCUCAACGCCUCUCUCAGCAUGUGCAAGACGGAUCCAUUGUUGCUUAACGAAAUCGGUGUCAUGCAGUUCACCAAAAACGACUUCGAAGGCGCCGCGAAGAUGUUCACACGAGCGCUAGAGAAUGCACAGGUCACUCAAAAUUCGCAGGAAUCCUGGGCCACCACAUACCUCAAUCUCGGUACCUGCUUCCGCAAAUUGGGUAACCUCGACGCCGCUGAGAAGACCUAUCUGCGCGUUCUUGAGAUCGAGUCGACUAACCGACAUGCGCUCGGUUAUCUCGGCCUCGUGCAUCAUCUUCAAGGUCGUAUCGAGGAUGCGAUCGUCCGAUAUCACGCGGCACUCGCUUUCAACCCAUUGAACAUGCACCUCCUCGACCUUCUUGCGCUAGCGCUCGACGCAUCGGCCGACAGCGGGCUUUUCUCCCACACAGCAGACGAGGAGUUCGCCGCGCGUAUGCGUGCUGCGAGUGCAAAAGAGGCCACAUUUCGAGAGAUCAGGGAGAAGGCUAUCGCGGCGAACAAGGAUGGUUCGCCGGGCCUGUUCUUUGGUGUGCCACCCGGUCCCGAUAUGUACGAAGGGCAGCGGGCGGCUAGGCAGGUCCCGCCAAACUUGUUCUCCAGCACAGGCAGUGCUUUGUGA